AGCAGAAGGGCUGUGGCAGCAAAAAGAAAUGCCAACGGUUCUGUUUUAGUGGACUCGAGUCUAAACUAAACUUUAUUUGCUAUUAUAUAUAUGUUAAUCAUGAACAUUCAUUGACACUUUGAUAAUAGAUUAGACAAUCGUUCUCAUAGGAAGGACUAAAAAACUUGGUAAGGUUCGAGCAAGAUGGACGCUACUUUUACGGAAAUGUUAGAAGAAUUUAUGGGAUGCGCCCUUGUUACAUGGGUGAAUCUUUUUAAGGAUAUGUUUGAUGACGAGGGCAACGAUCCUUUUCCCCAAGAGGAAAUUGGAGUGAACUCCGACUCCCACGACGUAGUUAGGCUGUACCUGCACCUCACGAAUGGAGUCUACCUCAACGAGGUCAUGAGAAUCAUUGAUCCUAAUCCAAAGGUGGAGGAGAUCUAUCAAAAUGUGGGUGAUGACAAGAUCCUCAGAGUUCAGAAUUUCUCCAUCCUCAAUAGGCACCUGCGGUCCUACUAUCAGGAAAAUCUCCAGCAGUUGGUUCUGAUGCCGCUUCCCAAUGUAGCUGUUUUGGGGCGCGACCCCCUCACAGAGGGAGCUAUGGAGGAAUUAAGAAGGCUGCUGCUUCUGUUACUGGGAUGUGCAGUACAGUGUGAGACGAAGGAGACAUUCAUUCAGCAAAUCCAGUCACUCGACAUUGAGACCCAGGCAGAUCUUGCGCUCUGCAUCCAGGAGGUGACCCAGGACCCCAGUGCAGUCCUGCCGCUGCAGUAUGGAGACGUGUGCGCGUUGGAUGGCCUGCAUGCCCAAGACCUGCUCAGCUCGCUAGCCCGGCAGAUCCAAGGUCUCCUGGCACAGAGGGAUGCACACCUGGAGAGGAUAGCAGAACUGUGUGUGCAGUGUGAGGUGGUUACAGCCCCUGCGGCGCCCCCUACUGGCUUGUGGGACAGCACCCCAGAGGGACUGUCUAUACAACUAGCAGACAGCAAAGCCAAACUGCGGCGAUUCAAACAGGAACUCGAAGAUAAAGAAGAUCAAUUGUUGGAUUACAAGUAUGAAAUACAAACUGUGGAAGAAGAACUAAAGAGAUUACAGUGUGAGAACCGGGCACUGCAGGGCGAGGUUCGGGUCAGCCGGGGCCUGCGCGACGAGCUGGACUUUCUGCGCGAGAAGGCUGCCCGAACAGAGCAGCUGCAGAUGGAGCUGAAGUCCUGCACACAUCGUCUGCGCAGCCUGGAUCUCUACCGCACACAGCUGAAGGAACAGCAACAGUACUGCGCCUCGCUGCAAGAGAACAAAGCUCUACUGGAGGAACAGCUGGCAGAUGUACGGGCACGCUGCUCUGCUCUAAGGGAGCUGGAGAAGGACAGCUUUCUGACCCGGCAGAAACUCGCAGACACGGCGGCGGAGCGGGAUGUGGAGAGGCAGAGGGUGGAUGAGCUGUUGGAAAUGAACAUGAGUCUGCAGGUGGAUCUGAAGCGUCUCUCUCACGUCGCUGAAGUCAUCCGCAGUGCGAGUCAUCCCCAUGCGCUCCAGUCAGAGCUGGAGUCUGAUGAAGAGCUUCACGACACCAAGAGGCCCCGCACUCCCGAACUGAAACCGCUCAGCGUGGAGGUUGACGAGGCAUCCUCACUCAGACUUCUGGGAGCUGAGAAUGAAAAUGCAGAACUGAGGAGACGACUGGAGUACAUGUUGGCCGAGCAGGAGGGCAAUGCUCCUGAGGUAAAAGAGGCUCUACAGAGCCAGACAGACAGAUUUGCGCAACUGGAAGAAGAGCACCAGAACACACUGAGAGAGUUUCAGAACCUGAGGAAUGAAAAUUCCAGUUUGAAGAGAAGCCUCGAAGAGCUGAAGGUAAUACAGAGCCUGGGAGAGAAGGAGGGAGAGGGGUCAGCCGGAGAGGUGGAGCAAGUGAUUUCCAGAGGGGAGUGUGAAGGCAAAGACAAUGGAAGAGAGAACCAGGCCAGCCGGAGGGAGGCGAGACAAGAAGGCGUGAUGAGAUCGCAGAGAGAAGACGGAGAGGGGGAGGAGGUUUUCCUCGGAGACAGAAAAGAGGAGGUCAUUAAUGAGGCGGAAAGAAAAGAGAGAGGAGAAGCAGAAGGAGAGAAAUGGAUGGAGGGAAGAAAAAAGAAAACAGCAAGCUGCUUGGCACAGGCCCAAGGCCCUUCAGAUGUCCAGAGAGAUGCACAGAAAAGUGAACAAGGAGGAGGGGCGAAGGAUGCGGAGGGGAAGCUGAGCCAGGAAGCCCUGGCCCUGGCUAGCCAGCUCCAGCAGGCCGAGGAGGAGGGCGAGCGGCAGGCGGCUCUCAUCCAGGAUCUGCGCUCCAAACUGGGGGAGCAGAUGAGGAAGGGCCAGGAGGCCGGGCAGAAGCUGCUUCUCCUGGAGGCUGAGAGCCAGAGGCUGAGGAAAGCAGCGGAAAGCCUCAGCGAAGCCAAAAAGGAGAUCGAGAGUUUGCAGUGUGAAUCCAUGCACAAGGAGGAGGAACUGAUGCGACUGCAGAGUCAGGUCGAACUGCAGAAGCUGGAAGCGGCAGUCAUUCCUCAGUUAGAGGGAGAGAGAGCUGCACUGGAAAGAGAGAGGGACACCCUUAAGGCUACCAUAGAUUCUCUACGGGCAGUAGUGCGCAAGAGUGAGCAGUUCGACCUGACCAACCAAACUCUUAAGGCCGAACUUGAGCGUUUGGGGCGGAGCUUAGACUCCGGCCGGCGCAGGGAGGAGGAGUUAGAAGCUGAGCUGAGGGAAUCUGGCCUUGAGGUGGAGUCUCUGAGCAAAGGGCGUGACCAGGCGAUGCUGGAGGUCGUGCGGCUGGAGCAGGAGAAGGAAGCGUGUCAGUCAGAGCUCGACAGCCAGCGGCGCGAGCAGAGGCAGCGAGAACGAGAGAUGGCCCGACUCCGCCAGCAGCUGGAGAGCACCGCCUCUGCUCUGGAGCACGGCAACCAGAGGGCCUGCAGCCUGGAGGUUCAGCACAGACGUGCGUGUCAUGAACUUGCCCAGCUUAAAGAGACCUGCUCCCAGCUAGAGGAACUGCAGAAGGAGAAGCAGCAACUGAACGUACUGAAUGCCGAGAACAGCGCACAGAUCACCUCUUUAACACAGGAGCUAGCCAGUGAGAGAGUCCAAUCUCAGAGGCUGUCCAGUCAGGUGGUCCAGUUGAACCAGUCCCUUGAAGAGUUGGAAGCCAAAAUGAAAAUGACCACUGCGCAAUUACAGAUUCCGCGGUCCAGCGCAGGGUCAGAGGUCACUGCCCCUCCCUCUCAUUCUGAUACAGAAGCAGUGACAGAUUUGAAGCCAAUCAGGCAAUCUCCAGUACAGAGAAGCAGCUCCACCGAGGUGAAUGCUGGCAGUGUGCGAUCGGAGCACAGUGAGUCUCUUUCUGUCGCUGAUUAUACCACAACCCUCGAGGACAACGGACAGGACACCAACAGGGAGGCACAGGAGCCUGAGAAAGAGAGACUGAUAAACACGGAGAAAGAGAAUGCAGUGCUGCAGCGUGAGCGAGAGGUACUGCUGUCGCAGCUGGAGCAGUCGCAGGCGGCCUGUGCACAGCUGCGAGAACAGCUGGACACGCUGCAACGCCACUCCAUCAGCCUGCAAGAGAACUGUGCCAAGCUGCAGGACCUCAACACCAAGCUGCAGGUGGAGCAGGCUUCUCUAAGCUCCCAGCAUGCCACAGUGUUGGCACGGUGCAGAGAGAGUGAGAUGCGCUGUGCCACCCUGAAGGUGGAGUCUAAGGUGUGGCAGAAAGAGAGGGACGAGUCAGCAGUGCGUUCGGAAGCCUUAAGGCGUGACCACGAGAGAUUGACAGCUCUGCAGCAAAGACAGGAGGUGGAGCUAGAGGAGCUACUGGCCAAGCACAGACUACUGAAGAGCAGCAGUCGGAAUAUGGAGGCUCAGUACAAAGAUUUGGAGGCCAGGCACAAGGAACUGAUGGAGAGCAAAGCCCAGCUGGAGGAGGCUGACCGGGUGGUGCGGGCAGAGAGGGAGAGCAUGGAGCGAGCCAUGCAAGAGCAGGUGGAGCGAGAGAAAGAGCUGGAGAUCCUCAGAACAGAAAACGAGAGGUACAUGAACCUGCAGAAGGAGUGGGUCCAAGUGCAGGCGGAGCUUCUGGCUCAGGUUUCGGUUCUGCGUGGUGAGAUGAGCACAGUCCAGCUAGAGCGGACCAGACUGGAGGGCGAACUCAACGCGCUCAAAGAGCAGAACCAGAAACUGGACCUCAGCAACGUGCGCCUCAACAGCCAGUAUCAGCUUCUUACUCAGUUAAAGGGAAACAUGGACGAGGAGAACCGGCACCUGGUGGAACAGAAUCAGUCUCUGGCCAAAGAAAACCGGGCCCUACUGGAGCGCAGCCUCGAGAGCAGAGACCAGCAUCACAUCCAGCAGAAGGAAUACCUCGAUAAGCUCAAUGAGCUGCGCAGGGAGAAGCAGAAGCUUGUGGAGAAGAUCAUGGAUCAGUACCGGGUUCUGGAACCCGGCAUGCUUCCACCCAAACAGCCCAAGAAGACCAACUGGAUCGCAGAUCGGAUGAAGAAGCUGAUCAAGCCGAAGGCUGGCCGAGAGGGCCGGGCUCAGUUCAUCGCUGCCGGCAGCGUUGAGAACCUGGCAGAGGCGGGAGACGCAGCGCCUGCGUCGUCGUCCCCCAUUCCGGCACACGCCCUGGAGCAGGACCCCCGCAGUGCACCAUCGUCCCCCAUGCCCCUGUGGAGAGUGGUGUCCCAGGGGGAGACGGAGGAGCAGCCCAAAGUGGUGCUGAGGACCGCAACCCGCCGCAAGCUGGGCUCCAGGCACGGGUGGGGUAGGGGCAGGGGCAAUAACGUGUCCCAGUCCUUCAGCCCCGGGGACCAGCGCACGCCACCACGGACCCGCUUCCGCAGCCCGUCCAGCGCCUUGUGGGAGGGAGAAAAUGACAGCAGCCCGACGCCCAGCGAGGAGGGGAGAGGGGAGAGUGAAGAGAGUGUCACUCCUGAGCACUCUGACGUAAGCCGUGUCUCUUCUGGAGCCGAAGAUUUCCAUUCCAGUUCCGACAAACCUCAGGACUAGGAACCACAGCAAGUUUUCUACAGCUAUAUUAUUCUCAGUUAUUUUUUCUGUCUUAAUAUUCAACAUUUAUAUAUCUAGUUUUUUUUUUAUAAAUGUUUCAGCUCACUGUCAGGUUUUACACAACCGUAUGGUUUUGCACUAUAAAUUAAAACAACAAAGCUUGAAAACA